CAGGCACACACUUGGCAAACAUUGAACCUAAUCGAAAUCAAGGAAAAAAUGGAAAUUUAGUUGUUGAAAGUAAAGUAAAAACAAAACCACGUGUAGAAACUAUUACUGGAAUUUCUAAGCAUAAUUACUGGCAAUGGCCAAUUGCAGGUCCAUUGGCAGGUUAUAUUGUGGCACGUCCCUUGCCUCACUUCGGAACUCCAGCUCAUUUUUCUCCCGCUGCAAUUACUAGCUUGUGCAAUGAAGAACUUCAUCGUCCAGAACCAAAAGUCUCAACACAUACUGAACCACAAUCAAAUUGGACAAUGGCUUUACCAAAACCUCAGGAAGGCCAAACCAUAAUUGAUUUAGAUGAUACUGUGAUGAUAGAUAAUGAUAUGGAGGAAGAAAGUACUUGCAUGAUCAUAGAAGACACACCCACUAUUGCCUUUCCUUGGAAUAAAGGAUGGGCAUUGC